AUGGAGGACGGGAUGAGGAUUUCGGGGCCAGGAAAGGGGGCGAUGUCCACGGACAGAGAAAGCCAGGGCGUGGACAUGCUCAAAGACAUUGCCAUCCAGUGGUUUAUGGAGACCCAGGCACCCCUCAUAUUGCAAAAUGGCACUUUACCCGAGUGGUUCCAUGGAUUCAUUACAAGAAAGCAGGCAGAGGAACUACUUAGAGACAAACCCCUUGGCUGCUUUCUCAUCAGGCUGAGCGACAAGGCCAUGGGCUACAUCCUUUCCUACAAGGGAUACAACCGUUGCCGCCACUUUGUGAUCAGCCAGCUUCAGAACCGGAGGUAUCUCAUCUCUGGGGACACCUGCAACCACGCCACGCUCACCGACCUCAUCAGCUAUUACCAGGGAGCAAAGAUAGAGCCCUUUGGGGAGACCCUCACCACCGCCUGCCCUCGGCUCCAGGAGAACAGCUUGUAUGAUGCCAUAUCCUUGAACCUCCUGCUGGUUACCCAACCUGAGUCAACCAGUCCCUCCAAGGAGAAGCAAGAAUUGGGGGACUUAGAAAAUCCGGCUAAAGGCAGGGACCCCGAAGCCAGCCCCACUCCAAAGCCCAAGACUUCCUUUGUCCACUUCGAAAAAUCCCUGGAAGAAGGCCUUUGGAGAGUCUCAGCGGAGGACAGUGAGCUCCCAGAAGAAGCGCCUCCUCUGCCUGAGAGAAGCUCUUCCCUUCUGACGGAAUCCUUCAGUGGCAGGCACUUGGGAAACAUCGUAUAUGCAGAGCUGAAGAAAAUGAAUCACAACCAGCAGAGCCUGAGCAUGGAGGCGGCAAGAAUUUCCCAUCAUCCCCCUUCUCCUGGCAGAGAGCACCAGAGAAAGCCCAGCAGUCUAAGUGGAGGAGAAUCGGCUCCAAAAAUCAGGGAUGCUCCCCUCCCUCCUUCUCCAAAAGCCACCAAGCUCCUGGAGAUGAACUUGGAUCCCAACAAGAAAUCUCCCACUGUUCCCCAUCGCCACGCACUGGAGCCCAGCUCCCCUGUACCCAUCUUGACCUCUCUUGGAGUCAGAUCUGCCAUGGCAAGCUCCCCAUCUCAUCAGGCUUCUCCCAAGGCUCGGUGCUCCCCCGAAUCCAAAGGGAGCACCCAGGGAUUUGCCAUCCAUGCUGUUCCUCAGUCCUCAAGAGACUCAUGGCCCAGUAAGCCCAGAGAACCCAGCUCUCCAAAUACCCAUGAACUCAUGUCCAAGGGGAACAGCUCCUAUUCUCGGGAAGAUCAGACUGCGGCCUCAGAGAGCCAUGGCUACGAGCCUGUCCCCGCUAGGCUGCCCAAGCCAGCCUUUCUCCCACUUAGAGCAACCCAUAAUCAGCCGGAGGGCCCCGGAGGCUGGGUGGUUAAUGCUUAUGAGAAGAUUCCAGGAAGUCACACAGAGGCCACGUCUUUUUUGCCAAGUAAUCCCUAUGAGCAGAUCCCCUUGAAAGUCCAGGAGACCAAGCAGUCACACUCACAUAAGGUUGAAAAACACCGGAGGUUCUUCUUCAUAGACCGGAAGAAUAAGCAGUGA